GUAUUCUUUAACGGAUAAAUGCGGCUCUUCAACUUGAUUGGUCUUUUAAAGUGGCUUGCAGAGAGCAAGGGUCCACGAGAUCCUUACCUCACUCUGUUCACUUGAUUCGAGGGUUUUGUUACUGUUAGCAGUGUGUCAGUAAUCGAACUUGGUCAGCAUUCUGAAAUCACCGCAAUAUUUCUUCGUAUAUCAACUGUUAAAGUACUUUUUUUACCGUUUGAUAAGAAGCAAGAAUGAGUUCGCUUUCUCACCGGGGCAGAGAAGCCAGGAUUGUCAUAGUGGGUGCUGGAUUCGCAGGUUUGUCUGCGGCAGAGACGUUGGUCAAAGCUGGUUUUCAAAAUGUCCAGGUACUGGAGGCAAUGGGAAGACUGGGAGGUAGAAUUCACACCACUAGACCAUUUAGUGAGAAUAUAAUAGAGCUUGGGGCGAACUGGAUCCAUGGUCAGAAGGGAAACCCACUCUUCCAGCUGGCCCAGGAGCACGGCCUGCUCUCGGAGGGGGAUUCGGCCAGGAUCAUGUGUCAGCCCCAUAGCGUAACCUCCCAUGAUUACUUCUUUCGGGAAGACGGAACUCAGAUUCCCACUGAGGACGUGGACGAAGUGUGUUGCUUUUUCCGCCAGCUCACGUCUCGCGCCUUUGAGUCCGAGCUGGAGGAGAGGCAUAACGGUCUGAGCUUCGGAGGUUACCUAGACAGCGCCUUUUCCGAAUCGCCCUUAGCAACGCUCAACGACGGGCCAAAGGUCUUUGAAUGGUGCAAGAGGAUUGAAUGCACAGAUGAGGCAAGCUCCAGUCUCUAUGACGUGUCUGUCUCGCAACUGGGCUUCUACAUUGCCCUGGAAGGCGGCUUCUUUAACUGUUUAGGCCCCGGAGGCUACCAAGCUCUGCUAGACCUUCUCUUGAAGAGUCUGCCGCCUGAGGCCGUGCUGAAGAAUCAGGCGGUCGAGACCGUCCAGUGGGAUCUGAAGGCGGAAGAGCAGGGACAGGAGCAGUGGUGUCCCGUGAGAGUGGUCUGUGAGAACGGCGAGAGUUACGAGGCUGAUCACGUGAUCGUGACCGUGUCUUUAGGGGUCCUGAAAGAGCGAGCCAGGACCAUGUUCACACCAGCCUUGCCAAAAUCCAAACUGUGUGCUGUUGAGAGGCUGGGCUUCGGCACUGUGGACAAGAUCUACCUGCAGUUCAGUGAGCGCUUCUGGCCGGAGGACUGUGCCGGUAUUCAGCUGGUGUGGAACCAGGGCCCCGAGGACAAAGACGUGUACAGUUGUGAUUGUGAGGGAGAGUCUUGGAAAGACACGUGGUUUAAGAAGAUCUGUGGUUUUGAUACGGUCGCCCGUCACCCCACAGUCCUCUGCGGUUGGAUCACGGGCAGAGAGGCCCUUUAUAUGGAGUCACUGAAGGACAGUGAAGUGAGAGAUGUUUGUGUGAGGCUCCUGAAGUCCUUCACGGGCUGGUCUGUUCCUGAGGUUUCCAGGGUGCUCGUCUCCAGGUGGGGUCACGACCCCUACGUGUGCGGCUCCUACACGUUUAUUCCCCCCGGAGUGAACGCAGUGAGGGAACAUGAGGCUUUAGCAGCUCCCCUGCCUGCUGAGUCCAGAUAUCCUAAGAGGAAGCCUCUACAGGUGCUGUUUGCAGGGGAAGCCACCCAUGUCAAUUUCUACACCACCACUCACGGUGCCUACCUCUCAGGAGUCCGAGAAGCACAAAGACUUAUCAGCCAUUACACUGAUAAAACAAUGAACUCUUCAGAAUGUACAUGAUGACGUGACUGUUGAAAGACCUUUUAUGAUAUGGAUCCAUAAAAACACACACACACACACACACACACGCACACACACACACGCUGUGUUUCUGAAAGGAUUAGCUAUGUCAGUUUCAGAGAAAACUUCACCACCUUAAUGCCGUUUUGAGACGUGUAUGAUAAAAGUCAAAUCUGGAUAAUCAGUAACUUUGAUUAGUGCAGGCAGAUGAUGAAAAGCCCUGUUUUUCUCCUAAAAGAGGAUG